AUGAAGAAAUGAAGUGAGGGAGAGUGUAAAGUGUGUAUUUAGCAUCGCCUUCCACUUGCACUCAGUAGUAAAUAGUGUGAAAAUCUCUGCUAACUCCAUUGCGGGGACUGCGUUCAUUGCGGGAAAUGAGUUCAUUAACGCGUUACUGCGCGCUUUCGAACGCAGACGGUGCGCGCGUGCUUCAGAGGCCGACAGUGUCCACUAGCUCCUCCCUCUUUGGACCUUGUGACAACAACAACUCAUCCCAGAGAGCGAGCUGCACUUUUCGGCUCAUUUUCUUCCUGUCUCUCUUUCUCGGGCUCUCUCUCUCUCUCUCUUCCAAUCUCCAAAUGGUCGUCCCGGCGUGCACAGCCUAAUUCAUCACAACACACGCUUUUUCUCGUGCCUUUUUUUUUUUUUUGGUGGAACUUUUCUUGCUGGAGCGCGCGCUGCUGUGGAUUUCUCCUUCGAACCAACUCGCGCGUUACUUUUUAUUUUUUCUUUCUUUGGGGUAUUUUUUUUUUUUUUUUUUUUUUUUUUUUUUUAAAAUUUUUGCCCACUUUUUGAACUUUAACGCGUGCUCGAGCUGACCAUGGCCGUGCCGGCUGCUUUGAUCCCCCCUUCCUCUCUGGUCCAGCCGUCUCCCAUCUCAUCCUCCUCCUCCUCCUCGGUGAACACUUCAUCACCGUCGGCUACUUCGUCUCCGUGUCCGUCGGUGGCUCCGGCCGCCGCGAACCCGUUCCGCUCGGAGCUGAGAACGGCGGCAGGAAGCCCGGUUAUGCCGAUCGCUGUCACUUCGACUCCGCUCGGCUCCAAGCCCGUGUACUCGACCCCGUCGCCCGUGGAGAACACCCCGCAGAAUAACGAGUGCAAGAUGGUAGAGCUGAGGGGCGCGCAGGUGGCCUCGUUUACCGUGGACGGACGGGAGCUCAUCUGCCUGCCGCAGGCCUUCGAUUUGUUCCUGAAGCACCUGGUCGGUGGGCUGCACACCGUCUACACCAAGCUGAAGCGGCUCGAGAUCACGCCCGUGGUGUGCAACGUGGAGCAGGUGCGCGUGCUGCGCGGCCUCGGUGCCAUCCAGCCCGGCGUGAACCGCUGCAAGCUCAUCUCCCGCAAAGACUUCGAGACGCUCUACAACGACUGCACCAAUGCCAGCUCAAGACCCGGGAGGCCUCCGAAGAGGACCCAGAGUGUUACAUCUCCAGAGAAUCCUCACAUAAUGCCUCACUCAGUGCCGGGCCUCAUGUCUCCGGGAAUGAUUCCCCCUACAGGCGACUCCCCUCCCGGACUGCCGGACACCUCGGCUGUUUGUUUACGGCUGAUGAGAUUCCUCCGUGGACACGAAGACCAUUCACGAGAGCUGCUAUUUAAAGGUCUGACAGCCGCAGCCGCCGCCGCAGCCGCCGCGACCAACGCCGCCAUCGCAGAGGCCAUGAAAGUGAAGAAGAUCAAGCUGGAGGUGAUGAGCAGUUACCACGCCAACAGCGCACAGCACGGCGCCGACUGUGAGAACGGGGACCUCGGCUCCAGCGUGGGUUUGGAACUGCCAUUCAUGAUGAUGCCCCACCCCCUGAUCCCUGUCAGCCUGCCUCCUGCAUCAGUCACCAUGGCAAUGAGUCAGAUGAACCACCUCAGCACCAUCGCCAAUAUGGCCGCCGCAGCACAGGGACAGAGUGCCCCUUCCAGAAUGGUGACAUCAGUGAUUAAGGAGCGGGUGCCUGACAGUCCCUCCCCUGCUCCCUCUCUGGAAGAUGGCAGGAGGCCGGGAAGCCGGCCCUCGUCCCAGCGCAGCAGCAGCGUCUCCAGCUCACCCGCACACACCGAGAGCUCCUCCGACAGAAUGCCUAUUCAUCAGAAUGGGCUUGCCAUGAACCAGGCUCUGUUGGGCCUUUCUCCCAGCAUCCUUCCCGGCCCCAAGGAGGGUGACCUGGCCACUCACGACAUCGGUCACGAGGUCAAGAGAAUGCACUCUGAGAAAGAAGCCCCCAUGUGCACUCCAACAGCGAGGGACAGCUAUGAGAGGUUGUCGUUGGCAGGUCAGGCUUUACCGCCAGGGUUCCCAUCUCCUUUCCUGUUUCCUGACGGGCUGUCAUCAAUAGAGACCCUACUGACCAACAUUCAGGGCCUGCUGAAGGUGGCUAUUGAUAACGCUCGCGCUCAGGAGAAGCAAGUCCAACUGGAGAAAACCGAGCUGAAGAUGGAGCUGUUUAGGGAGAGGGAACUUCGAGAGACUUUGGAGAAGCAGCUGGCCAUGGAACAGAAGAACAGAGCGAUCAUUCAGAAGCGCCUGAAGAAGGAGAAGAAGGCUAAGAGGAAACUGCAGGAGGCUCUGGAGUAUGAGUGUAAGCGGCGGGAACAGGCAGAGCAGUCUCUCAAACAGAGCUCACCUACAGAGAGUCUCCGAUCCCUGAAUGACUCGUUGACCCAGGAGAUAGAGACUGACCGCAGCAGUGGCAGAACAGAUGCUGAAAGGACAAUACAAGAUGGAAGACUAUUUUUGAAAACUACCGUGAUGUACUGAUUGGACGAAGUGCAGGACUUAGGAAAUGUUUCAUAUGAAGAUUCAAGAGACGUCAUAUGAAGUGUGCCCUCUCCAAGGGGCUUUUUUUUUUAGUUACAUAAACAGGUCAAGACUGAUGACAGAGGCUCCAUGGAAGUGACUGAGUUUUAUCCCACAGCCGAAAAGGAGGGCCGUGGCAGAGCGUAGAAUUAGGGUUCUUCUUCUCCAGUAUCAACAAUAUAUCAUGACAGAUUAACGAUGGGGUUAAACAUGUCAGCUGUUCUGAUGACAAUUUGAGCACAGUAAAAUGUACCGUGAGGUACACAUGGUGAUUAUAUUCACAAAAAGAAUCCACAGCACUGAAGAUUUUUAUACUUGUAUUUAAAACCAGCGAGAAAGCUUUGAAAAAGAAAUUCAGAUCCAGGGUUUUUUUUUUCUUUCUUUCUUUCUUUCUUUCUUUCGUUCGUUUUGUUUUGUAUUGAAAAAUGUUAAAAACCUUAAUGUCAUAUGUUAAAAUUCCUAGCUUGGAGAAGAAAAGAAAAGAAAAAAAAAGCCUCUGAAAAUGUGAAUUUGAAUAUAUGUUGAUCGGUAGUAACGACUAAUCUUUGCUUUAAAUGUUUUCUAAAUUAGAAAAAGAAGGAGAAAAAAAAACGAAAAAAAAGAAUACAAUCAAGUUUCAUUUUUAUCAUCGUUGUACAUACAAGAACUAGGUUAACCUGCUCACUUUGUUAUGUGUAUAUAAAGUCAAAACAAAAAAACAAAAAAGAAGGUAUUGUGUAUGCAGUAGAUCUAUUAGGAAAAACAAUACCACCAUUUAUAUUGAAUUUAUAGAUUUGUUUCUGAGCCAUUGUUCUUUCUGAUAGCUGCCAUUACGCUGAGGAAGCAUGCAGGCAUGUAAAUGUUUGUCCUGAAUUCCUGUUACUCAAUAAAUACUUAACUGUGCUGAACAAAUACUCGUAUGUUUGGUGGUUCAUG